AGUUGCCACAGCACGACGCAAGAUUUAGGUUAGCCACCAGUCAACAGCUGUUCUCACUCCUGGAGAGAAGGUUUUUGUAUACCGUGUAAGAAUUUCAUAAGGAAGUUUUGUUCGUGAACGGCGCACACUUUUGCUUCUCGCCGUAUUUAGAUUCGAGCUCGUUCUGGUAUAUUACGGUGCGCGCAUGGAGGCGCGAGCGGAGGACGCGGCGAUGGAGGAGGCGGAGGAGGCGGAGGAGCAGGGCGAGUGGGAGGAGUGGCAGGAGGACGACGAGGAGGCGGCCGACCCCGCGCUCUGCUUCUUCUGCCCGCGCCAGUUGUCGGACGUGGCGGCCAUGCUGCAGCACUGCCGCGCGGAGCAUGGCGGGUUCGAUUUCAGGCAGCAGAGGGCGGCGCAGCGGUGGGACGAGUAUCAGUGCAUCCGCGCUAUAAACUUCAUUCGCACUCAGGUGGCGGCCCAUCGCUGCAUCCACUGCCUGGACUCAUUCCCCUCCCCCGCUGACCUCAUCCAACACAUGGAAGCUUCGCAGCACUUCCGCCUCCCUCCACUCCCCCCUUCCUCCUCGCCGUCCCCCUCCGCCCCGCCCCCCUGGGGAGAUGACGCGUACCUCAGAAGCUUCCUGGAAGACGACCCAGUGCUGUACAGCUUUGACGACGAUGGCGGGAGCGACGAGGCUACCAGCGAGGGCGCCGCAGAUGGCGCUGCCGCUGCCGUCGCUGCACCUGACGCCGCUGUUGUGGACGUUACAGGGUUACCACUCACAGCAGCGUCAGCAGGGGCGGCGGCAGCAGCGGCAGCGGCAGGGGGUGGAGGCGAGGGAGGGAGCGAGGAGGAGCGGGCGAUGGCCUUCCAGGAGCUGCUGUCGCUCGUGCACGCGGACGGGGCGGCGGGUGGUGAGGGGGAGGGGGCAGAGGCCAGUGGGAGCGGAGGAGUAGGGGUGCAGGGAGCGCGAACAGGGGGGUUGGCAGGGGAAGGUUUGAGCGCGGGUGGGGCUGCACGUGGCGGAGAAGGAAGCAGCGCGGGCCGGCCGUCGGGCGGCUGUGAUGGGAAAGGCAAGGCGAAGGCGGACCACGCGGCAGCGGCGGGGGGGGAGGUGGAGGGGGACGGGGAGGAGGUGAUGCCCUCCUUGGAGCAGUACAUGGCUCUGGCCAAUCAGGUGCUGCUGCUGCGACAACAGAACGCACAGCUGGCACACCAGCUGGCUGCCACGUCAGCAGGGGUAGGAGCAGCAGCAGCAGCAGCAGGUGCAGGAGGGAUAGCGGCGCGUGUGGCAGGGAGAGCGGCCGAUGGCUCUUUCGCUUUCACCCCUGCUGAUGCUGCUGCCGCUGCUGCCACCUCUGUUCCGCCCACGCCCUUCUCCACCCCCAUGGUCUCCCCCUCCCCCAGUUCCGCCUCCCUUGUCGCCACCGCUGCUGCUGCUGCCGCCAUUGCCACUGCGGCCUCUGCUGCAGCGCAUGCCACAGGCAGUAGCCACGCCACCGACGCCCCUAGUGCUGAUGCAGCUGCAGGCACUGCGGCUGCUGCCGCUGCUGCUGUACCAGCGCCUGGGCAGGGCGCGUCUGUGCCACGCACCCCCUUCUCCACCCCCCUCGUCUCCCCCUGCCCCAGCUACGCCUCCCUUGCCACUGCAGCGGCCGCCGCUGCAGCCGCAGCAGGCGUGGAGGGGUCAGGCAGGGCAGAUGGCAUGCACGAGGGGUCGGUGAAAGACAUGCUUCUGCAGGCCACGCACCAGCAGCAGCACAAGCAAGGCCGGCCUCCCAUUCCUGUCUCCCCCCGUCCAGCCGUGGCUGGCCCUGCUGCUGCUGACAAAGCAGGGGGCGCGGCACCAGCACGGGUAGGCCCCGCGGGAGCAGAAGGCACGGGCGGGCCAGUGGUGGAGGGCGGAAGUUCAGGAGCAGGCAGUCCGAUGCUCCCCCGGACGCCCUUCUCCACCCCCCUCGCAUCCCCCUCCCCCAGCUACGCCCUGCUGCCCCUCGAUGAGGCUCAGAAGAAACUGGCGGCCGUUGCUGAGGCGGCGGACGGGGCUGAUGGGGACGCUGACGCAUCAGCGUUGUCUGCUGCUGCUGGGAGGGGGGAAGGGGGUGGCAGUGGGGGGCAGGCGGCAAGGAAGCGGCGGCAGGUGACGUUUGGGAUGGUGCAGGAGCGACAGAUGCGUGUGAUUGACGCCUCCUACUUCAGCUCGUACGCGGGCUUCGGCAUCCACCGCGAGAUGCUCGGCGAUAAGGCUCGGACCACAGCCUACCAGGCAGCUUUGGAGGAGAAUCCGAGCCUAAUUGAGGGGGCAACGGUGCUGGAUGUGGGCUGUGGGACGGGCAUUCUGAGUCUGUUUGCAGCGCGGGGAGGAGCAGCCAGGGUGGUGGCGGUGGAUGGCAGCAGGGAGAUACUGGCAGUGGCGCAGCAGAUCGCUGGUGACAACGGCUAUCUGGCUGAGCCCCACGCCAUCGCCCCUCCGCCCAGCAGCGCUGCUGCCCACUUGCCUCAGCGUGCGCCGCGGCCCGUGGUGUCGUUCGUGUGCGGCAAGAUCGAGGAGCUGCGCCCACUGGGGGCGCAGGGGGAGGCGGCUCAAGGGGGCAGUGAAAGUGGAAGGGGAGCAGGAGUGGCGGCAGGGGCGGGCUUGGUGCCCCUGGAGAGGGGCAGCGUGGACGUGAUAGUGAGCGAGUGGAUGGGGUACGCGCUGCUCUACGAGUCCAUGCUGCCCUCCGUGCUGCACGCGCGCGACACCUGGCUCAAACCAGGAGGGGCGCUGCUGCCCGAUACCGCCUCCAUGCACGUGGCAGGGUUCGGGGAGGGCGCAACAAGCGUGCCGUUCUGGCGGGACGUGUACGGGUUCAGCAUGGCGGCCGUGGCGCGGGAGAUCGAGGAUGAGGCCGCGCGCACGCCACUGGUGCAGGCCAUCAGCGGCUGCGAUGUCGUCACGUCCACCUGCCCCAUCCAGCACUUUGACCUGUGCACGGUGACGGCAGACGACCUGGACUUCACCUCCGACUUCCACCUCACACCAGCCCUCCCCGCCUCCACGGACCAAAGCACUUCAGGCGACCCAUCUGCUGCAGCCCCAGCCUCUUCCCCCUCACCCUCCCCCCUGCUGUGCUACGGGCUGGCCCUGUGGUUCGACACCGCCUUCUCCGCCCGCUUCUGCACCGCCAAGCCGGUGCUGCUGUCCACGUCGCCCGUCUGCCCGCCCACCCACUGGGCCCAGACCCUGCUCACCUUCAGGGAACCCAUCGGCCUCGCCCCUGCAGCAGCACAGGGCGGAGAAACAAUGAUGCCUGGAGCAGCAGCACCAUCCGCUGGAGCGGUGGGGUCUGCGGGCAGGCCAGCGGUGGAGGUGAGGGGGAGAGUGAGUGUGGUGCGUGCCACGAAGCACCGGAGCAUUGAUAUCUCGCUGGAGGUGAUGGCUGUGAGCGCUGAUGGGGGGAAGAAGACAUGGCCGGCGCAGAUGUUCACCAUCUGAUGCACAGGCCGACUGCCUACCUAAAUGUGUGUUUUCUUAUGGAGUGGCGUAUCCUUCAAGCUCAUUAUGUUUACCCUGCUGCGGGGGAUGAGAGUAUUGACUCGUAAUACACAUUCCCCUCUCCUUUUCAAAGUUGCUGGAUAGGCAUAUUGUGGAAGCAACAUUUGGAAACCAG